GAGAGAGAAAGGAGAGGGGUUUGAGAGCUCAAUGGGCAAACACGGUGUCCUGAUGUGCUAGCGCACAUUGUUUCUCCGGCAAGUUUGUGGUUUCGGGUCAGGAUUGCGUUAAGUUUUGUGCAGGAGUUGUGGCUGCUGCUCUUUGACCACCUCUUCGUCCGCUCCAAAGUUCGCUCCAUCAGGACGAGCCGCUCGUGGAGAAGAUCCAAGAUUCUUGUAACUUUUCUGCUAGCCACAUCCUGUUCAAACACAUCGCUUCUCUCGUAUGCCCUCCUCUGUCUCUUAGCAGCCUGCUCUUAUUCCUUCUUGCUCAACAGACUCUUUACACAUUUCAGUCCUCUCCCACAUGCACACCUCCCCUCAUUCUGGCCCCAUUCUCCACUUUUAGCUCCGCUCUCCUGCUCUUCCCCCGUCUCUUCUACCUGUCCGAGCGGGACGACCUCCACUUCUCUCCGGACGUGUCCCCCGCUCCUCGCCCCGCCAUUCCUUUGCCCUCCUAACCCCCCGUUCCCCUGAUGGGCACCAUAUCAGAGAGCAACGCCACAUUCCCUUUGUCGUCGCUGAGAGCCUCUCUCCACCCCUAACCGCCUUCGCCGACACCGACGCCGCAACCCAAUGGAGAAGCAAGACAUGAUGAUGACGAGCAUGCUGACAGUGGACCAAGGGGAGAACGAGGGAGAGAAGGACAAAGGCAGCGUGGAGGUGGGGGGAGACGAGGAGGGGACGCAGCAGCAAGACAGUCAACCGAUGCUGGCUGACGGUCUGGCGGACCGAGGACCCAAGAGCCUGACCUCCAGUUCUGGUCAACAGGUGUCCAAUGGCUUUACCACAUCCACCCCGCAGAGUCCCAGGGAGGGACCGGGGACCGCGGCCUGCGCCGCGGGCACGGCUCCGGGACCCGGAGGGGGCACCGGGUCCUUAGCCCCACUGGGAGGCCUCAGGACUCUUGUGGUUCAGCAAACCAGCCUGGAAAGGCCCCGAGAGACCUGGAGCAAGAAGAUGGACUUCCUUCUGUCUGUGAUUGGCUACGCCGUGGAUCUGGGAAACGUCUGGCGCUUCCCAUACAUCUGCUACCAGAACGGAGGAGGUGCCUUUUUGCUGCCCUACCUGUUGAUGGCGGUGUUUGGAGGCGUGCCCCUGUUCUACAUGGAGCUGGCUCUCGGCCAGUUCCACCGCAGCGGCUGCAUCUCCAUCUGGAAACACAUCUGCCCCAUCUUCAAAGGGAUCGGCUUUGCCAUCUGCAUCAUAGCCCUCUACAUCGCCUUCUACUACAACACCAUCAUGGCCUGGGCCUUGUACUACCUGCUGUCCUCGUUCCGGCCCACCCUGCCCUGGACCACCUGCAGCAACAGCUGGAACACGGCCAACUGCCACCGCUACAUGUCGUCCGAUCACAACGUGACGUGGUCCAACUGGUCCACGUCCCCCGCCGAGGAGUUCUAUACGCGGCAGGUGCUGCAGGUCCACCGCUCCCCGGGUCUGCACCAGCUGGGCUCUGUCAGCUGGCAACUGGCCCUCUGUCUGCUCUUCAUCUUCACCAUCGUCUACUUCAGCAUCUGGAAGGGAGUCAAGACGUCUGGGAAGGUAGUUUGGGUGACGGCCACGUUUCCCUACCUGGUCCUCCUGGUGUUGCUGGUUCGCGGCGCCACUCUGCCCGGCGCCUGGAGGGGCGUCGUCUUUUACCUCAAACCGGACUGGGAGAAGCUGCUCAGCACGACAGUGUGGAUUGAUGCUGCAGCUCAGAUCUUCUUCUCUCUGGGUCCGGGGUUUGGCGUGCUCCUGGCUUUCGCCAGCUACAACCCAUUUCACAACAACUGCUACAAAGACGCUUUGGUCACCAGCUCCGUGAACUGUCUGACCAGCUUCCUGUCUGGGUUCGUCAUCUUCACCGUGCUGGGCUACAUGGCUGAGAUGAGGCAGCAGUCUGUGGACGCUGUGGCCAAAGAUGCAGGUCCCAGUCUGCUGUUCAUCAUUUAUGCAGAAGCCAUAGCGAACAUGCCCGCCGCCACUUUCUUCGCCAUCAUCUUCUUCCUCAUGAUCAUCAUGUUGGGCCUGGACAGCACAUUUGCAGGUUUGGAGGGGGUCAUCACAGCCAUGCUGGAUGAGUUCCCUCACGUCCUGGCCAAGAGGCGGGAGUGGUUUGUCUUUGGCCUGGUGUGUGUUUGCUACCUUGGGGCUCUCUCCACACUCACAUACGGCGGCGCCUUCGUGGUGAAGCUGUUUGAGGAGUACGCCACUGGCCCUGCAGUCAUCACCGUGGUGCUGCUCGAAGUCAUCGCUGUUUCCUGGUUCUACGGUACCCAGCGAUUCUGUAAUGACAUCCAGGUCAUGCUCGGUUUCUACCCGGGCUGCUUCUGGAGGGUUUGCUGGGUGGCCAUCUGCCCCUGCUUUCUGCUGUUCAUCAUCAUAAGCUUCCUGGCCUUCCCUCCUGAGGUCAGGUUGUUUAACUACCACUACCCACCGUGGACCACUGUCCUGGGCUACUGCAUCGGCGUGUCCU